GUUCGAACUUAUUAGAAGAUCAUUUUCAUUCAUUCGAGCUUUAACGACGAUACCUUACAAGUAAACUGCUCGAUAUUUUAACCUUUUCGAGCAGUUUGUUACGAAAAUGGUAAGUGGAACAAUUUUUAAAAAAAGUUGCAUAAAUUCCAGAUUUCUUGCUUAAAAACCCAAAAAUGUCGCUAUUGAGUGCAUUUUACAGGCUAUCGCUCGGCUCGACUUCAGCCGUGCGGGCACUGCACACCGGAAGUGCCAGCAAUUUCCACUUCACACCGGCCCUGUUCGCUGAACCGCUCAAAAAGAAGAAGAAAAUCGAUCCGCAGGUGCUGAAAGCCCGAGAGGACCGCAAGCGUAAACGGUUGGAGAAGCAAAUCCGUCGGCUGGAGAAAAAUGCCCGGCAGCUGAAACCUGUGGAAGAUCUGGAAGUGCCGAUGGAACUGCUGGAUCAACAAGAUCGUCGCAAGCGUACCGGUAUCAAGGUUACGGCAGAGGUGCUGGAAAGUCGGGUCUUGCUGGAGAAGCAGUGGGCCAAGUUCAAGAUGCAGGAAAAGCUGGCCAACUAUCAACUGUUUGAUCGCGUUUUAGGCUCCCAAACUAAGGCUCUGAACGAGCUGCGGCUGGAGUCGGAGGAGCUGUACCAGCUGGCGGUGCAACCAGAUCUGGCGAUUGUUCCUUUGAAGCUUGAGGGACCGGUUUCCACUCCCCCGAUCGAAGGCUACGAGAUGCCCGACGGAGAGUAUAUUGACAUUUCGAAAAAAUACGAUUAGUAUAUGUCUGUUGGUUGAGAAAAAUUAUGUAGAUAAAUAA